CUGUUUUUGGGGUGAAAUUUUCGUCCUUCGUCUAUUAUAUUUUUUCUUUUCACCCCUGAACCGUUCAAAUACCAAUAGAAAUGAAUAUACUUAAAUCUGGUAUCAUAUGGGCAAUUCAUCACACUUCCUGUCAUUACUUGACAGGACGGAAAGUCUCUAUACAUCUAGUCAUCAUCAUCAUCAGGUCGAUAUACCAGGAAGAGGCGGCGGUACAGAGGACAUGUAGGAUAUUUACAGAAAUGAACGCAUCUUUCCUUUUUGUAUAUUCCCUGUAUGAUACAAACAAGAUAUUUAGACGUGUAUUUCCUUCUUUGAUUAAUACGUGUAUAACGUUUUAAGUUAACUACUCGUGUUAUGGUUAACCCAAGAAAUGGACCUACGUGCUCAAGACGUCCUACUGUGUGAUCUUUGUGAAACCGACCCCCUCCAGUAUUGCUGUGAACAUUGUCAUAUCAAUUUUUGUGUUAACUGUGUUGGUAAACAUCUAUCAGAUUCCUCAAAAAAACACAAUGCCGUGUCCUAUUUACAAAGAAAGUUUACUCCUAAAUAUUCAAAAUGUGUGAAACACGCCCAAAAUGAUUGUGAAAUUUACUGUGAAAAUUGUGCUAUUCCUGUCUGUUCUAUUUGCGUAACUUCUGGUAAACAUAAAGGUCACAAGUUCGCUGAUGUUCUGGAAAAAAUGGGUUCAGAAAAACAAAGUUUACAAAAAGAUUUGAAAGAACUGGAGACCAGAAUUUAUCCCCGACAUGAAGAAAUGGUCUCUGAUGUCCAAACUGAAACAGCUGAGCUAGAAACGAAAUAUGGGAAACUUAACGCAGCUGCAGACCAACAGGGAGAAGUCUGGCACCGCGAGAUCACCGCCAUUGUAAACAAACAGAAAACAGACAUCGAGGAAAUAAAAACUAAACAUCUUGCUAUAUUAGAGAAACACAGAGACGAAAUCACGCACAGAAUGACUGAGAUGAAACAGGCCAUUCUAGAAAUGAAAAACAUUCUGGACACCAAUGAUAUUUCCUUAAUAUCAACUUACAAAUCUAGAAAUGAUGAAUUCAAUAUACUGUCUCCUAAAAUCAAAGUCACAUUACCAAGCUUAUCUACUCCAAGAAUUAACACAGAAAAACUUAAUGAGGUGUUUGGUUCAUUAACCUCACUAUCCGUUACAACAGUCGGAUCACUGCUUGCUGAACCAAGACUUACCACCGCAAUAAAUACUGGGUAUAAAGAACUCUACAAUGUUCGCUUCCUCAGUGGUGACCGAGUCUGGACACAGGGGGACAAUGAGACCAUGAAACUUCUCAACUUUCAAGAUAAACUACUAACAUCAAUAGAAACUGAUUCAGGAAAAUGGCCACAGGAUAUAGCAGUAACACGGGACGGAAAUCUUGUUUACACUGAUAUUUAUAAUAAAACUGUAAAUCUAGUGAAAGAUAAACAUAUACAGACCAUAGUGAAAUUAAAGGAAUGGAGACCUUACUCUGUCUGUAGUGUUCCCUCUACGGAUAUCCUUGUUGUCAUGAGCAGUGUUGAUAGAAAACAAUCCAAAGUUGUGCGUUACUCCGGCUCCACAGAUACACAAACCAUUCAGUUUGAUGAUCAGGGUCGUCCACUCUACUCAUCUGGUCCUUUUACUAAAUACAUCAGUGAAAACAGGAAUAUGGAUAUCUGUGUGGCUGACAAUAAAGCCGAAGCAGUAGUGGUGGUCAAUCAGUCAGGAAAACUCCGAUUUAGAUACACUGGUCAUCCCUCUAAUACCGAGCAAUCAUUUAAUCCAGCCGGCAUCACUACAGACAGCCAGAGUCACAUCCUGAUAGCAGACCAUGACAAUGACUGUAUCCACAUUCUAGAUCAGGACGGAGAGUUCCUCCGUUACAUUCAGAAUUUAGAAGAUCCAUACGGUUUAUGUGUGGACAUCGGUAACCACCUCUUUGUGGCUGAACGUUUUACUGCUAAAGUGAAAAAAAUCCAGUAUUUAUAAAUACUGUGUUAAUUACACAUCUCAAUAUAUUCACAAUAUACUGUGUUGAUUAGUGCAUUAAUUGCCUUGUUAACUACAGUCCUGUAUUGAUUACAGCCAUGUGUUAAUUACACCAGUGUUUGACAUUUGACUAUACUUUUGUGGUUGUUUAUGUAUGUCUGAUUUAACAUUAUUUAUUUGUUAUUUGUAUUAUGUUUUACUGUAUAUAUAGAUCAAUAUUAUUUAGA